UCGGUCUGUUUUCAGUAGUCGGAGAGGAAGAAAAAUGGCGGCUGCGACCGAUCAGAAGCGGGACGCCAGCCAUUCGUUUUGAGCUUUCUCACGUAAACCGAGACCGGGGCUUUACGGGACUACUUCUUUGGAAUCUACGCAAAUCAAGCUUUCUGGCGGUAUCCGUUUUUCUUGUUUCUGUGAAGGCUAAAUAAACGCAGAAAUUGAAAUUGAAAAUAAUAGCUUUUAUAUAUAAUGAGGGGGAAAAGAGGCAGGCCGCCCAAAACCCUGCGGAUGCAGGAGCCUUCAUCCGAGCCGGAGCGUGGCUUGAGACCCAGGAGGGAGUUGAGGGCAAAGGGGAGAGGUAGUGCCGAGGUCGAUUUUGAGAGUCCCAAGAGGGGAAAUAACUCUUCGUCUAGGGGCAGGAGGAAAGUGGGAUCAUCUCGCGGUAGGGGAAGAGGCAGAGGUUGUGGUGGCAGAGGUACUAGGGGCAGACGGUCAAUCGCUAGAUCUGUGGUUUAUGAUGAUCAUGAAAGUGAUGAAGAUGAUGAUGCUGUGAGUUUGAGAUCUGAGGAGGAUGAGUUGAUAGAGGAAGAGACGAUAACAGACGAGGAAGAAGAGGCCCUCAACGAGGAGUCAGACCCGCUUGAGGAAAUACUCGAGGAGGAUGAUGAUGAUGCCAGCUACUGUACUGAAAGCAGCUUUCGGAGUCAGAGCACUCAUGGCAGCACUCCGGGGCGGAAGAGGACGCGGGUGCACUGCCCUCGCUCGCCCAUCUUUGAGGAAAAGGAGAUCCCUCCUCUGGAGCUGCCCAGAACCUCUGAGGAUCUCAUGGUGCCCAGCGAGGAACUGCUCAAUGUGUCCUCCAUCUACGAGGUCCUGCGCAACUUCAGCACGGUGCUGCGGCUCUCUCCCUUCCGCUUUGAGGACUUCUGUGCUGCGCUGGUAGGCCAGGAGCAGUGCACGCUGAUGGCAGAGACCCACACAGCCCUACUGAAGGCCAUCCUGCGUGAGGAGGACACCUCCAACACCACGUUCGGUCCUGCUGACCUCAAGGACAGCGUCAACUCCACCCUCUACUUCAUUGAUGGUAUGACGUGGCCCGAAGUGGUCCGUGCCUACUGCGAGAGCGACCAGGAGUACCACCAUGUCCUGCCCUACCAGGAGGUGGAGGACUACCCCUAUGGCCCUCUGGACAGUAAGAUCAAGGUGCUGCAGUUCUUGGUGGAUCAGUUCCUCACCACCAAUAUCGCCCGCGAGGAGUUGAUGUCAGAGGGGGUGGUGCAGUAUGAUGACCACUGCAGGGUGUGCCACAGGUUGGGGGACCUGUUGUGUUGUGAGACCUGCUCUGCUGUCUACCACCUGGAGUGUGUGAAGCCGCCGCUGGUAGAGGUGCCGGAGGACGAAUGGCAGUGUGAGAUCUGCGUGGCACACAAGGUGCCCGGGGUCACAGACUGUGUGACAGAGAUGCAGAAGAGCAAACCCUACAUCCGCCAGGAGCCCAUCGGCUACGACCGCCACCGGAGGCAAUACUGGUUCCUAAACCGAAGGAUAAUUGUUGAGGAAGACGGGGAGCAUGAUAAGAAGAAGAUCUGGUACUACAGCACAAAGGUCCAGCUGGGAGAGCUGAUAGAGUGUCUAGACAAGGAGUACUGGGAAAACGACCUGUGUGCCGUCCUCGAGGAGAUGAGAGAGGAGGUGCACACUCACAUGGACAUCACUGAGGACCUCACCAACAAGGCCCGCGGCAACAACAAGGCCUUCCUCACGGCAGCCAACGAUGAGAUCCUGGAGCGUGUGCAGGGCAGGCAGGAACGGCGAGCAGUGGAGCAGGCAGAGAAGGCCACCACAGACACCACCAAGAUAGAGGAAGAGACCCCCACACACUGCUCUCCACUAUCAGACCACAGAGAGCUUGAAGACUCAGAGUCUAAAGAGGAGGCAAGCUCACAAGAGGAUAAGCCUGUAGACUCAGAGUCCCAUGGAGAGGAGGACCCCUCUGCCCAGUGCCAGCCUACUCCACCACCACCACACCCUGGAGACGAGAACAGCAACAGCAGCCACGUCUCAGCGCCUGGGGUCCUCAGCAGGCCUGAAGAGCCAAACCUCGCUGACAGGUCCUCUCAGUCCUCCAUCACCAGCCAGGAUGACACGGGUGAAGGCAAGGAGAUUGGGAAUGGUGAGGGGUCAGCGUCUGGAUGGACUAACAAUCGCAUAGUGACUCGUCUGCGUAACCCGGAGAGUAAGCUGAGCCAGCAAAAGACCCAGGGAGAUGGCAGCCCUACACCCAGGGACAGCAAGGAGACAUCUCCUCCCAGCUCUGAGAGUGAAGUGGCUCUUCUGGGUACUGUGAGGAAAGACUUGACGGUGAAGGGCAACCUGAACAACUUCUUCAAGCUGGGCCAGGAGGGCAAGUUCCGAGUCUACCACAACCAGUUCAGCACCAACACACUGGGCCUCAACAAGCACCAGCAUCGUGAGGACCACGACAAGCGCCGCCACCUUUCCCAUAAGUUCAGCCUAACCCCUGCCGGGGAUUUCAAGUGGAACGGCUCCAUCCACGGCUCCAAGGUGCUGACCAUCUCCACCCUGCGGCUCACCAUCAUCCAGCUGGAGACCAAUGUCCCCGCCCCCUUCCUGCACCCAAACUGGGCCUCGCACAGGACAAACUGGAUUAAAGCGGUGCAGAUGUGCAGUAAGGCUCGGGAGUUUGCCUUGGCGCUGGCCAUCAUGGAGUGUGCCAUCAAACCAGUGGUCAUGCUGCCUGUCUGGAAAGAUGCGCUUGGACACACCAGGCUCCAUCGCAUGACCUCCAUGGAGCGGGAGGAGAAAGAGAAGGGGAAAAAGAGAGAGAAAAAACUGGAGGAUGAGGAGACUAUGCAGCAGGCCACCUGGGUGAAGUACACCAUUCCCAUCAAACACCAGGUGUGGAAGCAGAAGGGGGAGGAGUACAGAGUAACUGGGUACGGGGGCUGGAGCUGGGUCAGUAAGACUCACGUCCAUCGCUUUUUUCCCAGGCUACCAGGGAACACCAACGUCAACUACCGCAAAGCACUCGAAGCAGCUAAAACUGGCAAAGAAAAUGCAACAUCUUGCCCGAACAAACGAAAAUGUUUGCCCAAAGCACCAACGAGCUCGGAAACCCAGGCAAAAGAAGAGUCUACUCCAAUUACUGAAGAAAAAGACCAGGAGGAAACCUCCACCAUGGAGCCAUCUGGGAACACUUCACUGGGAGAGGGGCAGACUCUGAAAGAGAAGGAAGAGAAAAAUAUCACAGACGUGGACGAGAAGAAAGGUGAUCAGGAGGAAACCUCCACCAUGGAGCCAUCUGGGAGCACUUCACCAGGAGAGGGGCAGACUCUGAAAGAGAAGGAAGAGAAAAAUAUCACAGAUGUGGAGGAGAAGAAAGAUGAUCAGGUGGAGGAGAAGACUGAGGACAAGAUGGAUGUUGACCCCAGUCCACCAGACACCUGUCUCAGUGAGGAAAAAGUUAUAGUGGACAGCAAAUACCCCUCGUCACUGACUGACCCUGCUGUGAAGGAGGAGCCCAGGGAGGAAGAAGAACCUAAGCAGGAGGACUCUGAGGCCAAGCCACCUGUCCGCCCCUUCAACUGGGAUGUGGUGAACGUCAGCGAGGGCUUCCAGCUCCGUACGGCCUACAAGAAGAAGGUGAAGACGUCCAAGCUCGACGGGCUGCUGGAGCGCAGAGUGAAACAGUUCACCCUGGAGGAGAAGCAGAGGCUAGAGCGCCUCAAACAGCAGUCAGCCCUGGCCAAACACACAGUCUCCAAGGAGAAAGUUAACACAGGGACUCCCACCACCAUCAAGGCUUCUACAGCAGACAAGUUAGCAGUGACACCAUGCACAAGUCUGAAAGCUGAGGAACAAGCAGACUCAGUAGUUAAAGACACAAUUGUUAAAAGGCUUGACUUUGACCAGGAGCAGCCAGUGAAAUCCCAGCCUUCAGGAGAGACAGAUAAUCUGGACGUCAGAUUAGGCUCCACCUGUAAACCCCAGGCAGCAGGAGCCACAGGCCCCAACCUCAACACCACAGGGUUGGCCAACCAUGAGAGCAGCGUUCAGGGAAAUGGUGGGGAUGCGUUAUCUCAAACAGAGCUGAAUGGAGGCUCCCAGAAAAGCAUAGACCUCAACAACAAAGUCAAUUUGACAUCUCUAGAACCGGCUUUAGGUGCCCCCAAACCUCCCAGAGCAGAAGUGACGAUAGCAGGAGAAAACGGUAGGAAGCAUGGUUAUGAGGAGACAGAGCAAGGUAAUGGACAGAGGGAGAUAGAAAGCAAACCACAUUUAUUGCAGGUGAAUGGGAAAGACGCUGUUGACACCAAGGCUCCUGUAGACUCAAAGAUGCACUUAAACCUGGCCAACAAAGUGGACACCAAGGUCAUGCUCCAGACGUUAGAGGGUGAGAUUAAAACACUGCCAGUGAAGGAGCCUAUAAAAUCCAUUAUGAACGGUACUCUCUCUCAAGACGGGUUAAAGGUCAACAACACUGUGUUAGCCACCAGCCCAGCCACGGCGGACGUAGAGAGAAGGGUUGUGGUGUCAGAGCCUGACUAUCUGCCACCUCAGAAGGUUGCCAGACUGGAGAAUAAUGGCGACAGGGUGGCAGACUCCGUCACGUCGUCACUGUUAGGGCCGCCCACUGGUGUUCCCACGGUAAGCAACAGCACCAAGUCUGAGCCAAUGGAGAUUGGGCAGACGGCAUCCAAUAAGAUCACCCCGUUUCCUAUCCCCACUGCAGAGGAGUCCAGCUUGAGUAACAACACCACAGUGAACAGCAGUAGCAGUACUGGGGUGCUGAAGACCAUCACCCAAGUCACCACAACCACUACUACCACCAUGUCAACAGAGUCUCGCACGGUGCAGAUAGCCAAGGUCUCCAGCAGCACUAAGCCUGCAGUGAUGCCUGCUGCAGAGAGCAGUGCUGUAUCCACCCUCACCACCAUGACCAAGACCACCGUCACCAGGGUCAGCUCCCCGACCCUCGGGGCCACUGUCUCCGAGGAGACCAAGACUGUUGUCACUGCAAUGUUGACAGAUGCCAAAUCUGGCCCCUCAGGCUCUUCAGUCACCUCCAUGACAGUCAGUAAGGAGUACUCCACCAGAGACCGUGUCCGGCUGCUAAAGUUCUCCCGCUCCAAGAAGACCCGCUCUGGGACGGCCCUCCCCUCCUACCGCAAGUUUGUCACCAAGAGUAGCAAGAAGAGCAUCUUUGUACUGCCUAAUGAUGACCUGAAGAAGCUGGCGAGGAGAGGGGGCAUCAGAGAGGUACCUAUCUUCAACUACAACGCCAAGCCAGCUCUGGACAUCUGGCCUUAUCCCUCCCCCAGACCCACCUUUGGAAUCACGUGGAGAUACCGUCUCCAGACUGUGAAGUCUCUGGCGGGGGUCAGUCUGAUGCUGCGGCUGCUCUGGGCCUGCCUGAGGUGGGAUGACAUGGCUGUCAAGCCCUCCCCUGCUGUAGGAACCACCCGCACAGAAUCCUCGGAGACGGCGAUCACCACAACAGAAAUCAUCAAGCGGCGAGAUGUGGGGCCGCACGGCAUCCGGUCUGAAUAUUGCAUCAGGAAGAUCAUCUGCCCAAUUGGCGUUACCGAAGCUCCCAAAGAAACUCCCACUCCCCAGAGGAAAGGCCUGCGCUCCAGUGCUCUGAGGCCAAAGAAGCCUGAGCCGGCCAAGCAGACUGGACCCAUCAUCUUAGAGACGUGGGUGGCCGAGGAGGAGCUGGAGAUCUGGGAGAUCAGAGCCUUUUCAGAAAGGGUAGAGAGGGAGAAGGCCCAGGCUGCAGACCAGGCUAAGAAACGGUUGGAGCAACAGAAGCCUGGUGCCACCACCUCCACCCCCACCAGCACCCCUACAACCUCAGCCUCUGGCACUCCGGCAUCCCUGACCAGCCAGGUCACCCCGGGGACUAAACUGGUCCUGGCCACUAAGCUGGUGACACCUGUCACAUUCCAGCAGAACAAGAACUUCCAUCAGUCGUUUGCUUCCUGGGUCAAGCAGGGCCAGGGUAGUCCAGGUAUGGUGCAAGUCCAGCAGAAUGUCCUGGGCAUUAUUCCAUCCAGUACCCCAGGCAACCAGCGGACCUACUCCUCAUUCCAGAACCGCAACGCCACCAUCAACAUCAGACCCAACACCUCCACCUCAACCACCACUCAGCCGGUCAUUGCCACCGGAGCCCAGAUCCGUCCGGGCAUGUCGGUGAUCCGAUCGCCCCUGCAGCAGGGCACCACCAUGGGCAAAACCAUCAUCAGAACCCCCUUGAUGAUGCAACAAGGUAUUCUACCAGCCAGCCAGCAGCAGGUGGUGACUCAGAUCAUCCGGGGCCAACCUGUCUCCACAGCAGUUUCCAGUGCCAGCCCUGUGCAGACCAGCGCAGGCCAGAGGAUGCUGGGUGCUGCCCCGUCCCCCCGUCCUGUCACCCCUGCCACCGGGCAGUCCCCAUCACCAUCCACCCCCCAAGGCGGCCGACCACAGCAGGGCCAGGUCAAACUCACCCUGGCCCAGCUCACCCAGCUAACGCAGGGGGCACAGGGAGGGAACCAGGGUCUCACAGUAGUAAUCCAGGGACAGGGACAGACCACAGGCCAGCUGCAGGUCAUCCCCCAGGGGGUGACAGUCAUCCCAGGCCCUGGGCAGCAGCUCAUGCAGGCUGCCAUGCCCAACGGCCAGGUGCAGCGCUUCCUCUUCACCCCAGGGGCAUCAGCCCCCACCCCCGCAACCACGGCCAGUGCUGCUGUCACCCCCGUCACAGCCCCCACAACAACACCCUCAGUGCCAGCGCUGUCUCAGCCUCCGGUUCAGACUCCCGCCACCUCUCAAGCACCGGCACCACCAGUCCAGCCCCCUCAACAGGCUAUCGCUCCUGUCCAGCCCCCUCAACAGGCUAUUGCUCCUGUCCAGCCCCCUCAACAGGCUAUCGCUCCUGUCCAGCCCCCUCAACAGGCUAUCGCUCCUGUCCAGCCCCCUCAACAGGCUAUCGCUCCAGUCCAGCCCCCUCAACAGGCUAUCGCUCCAGUCCAGCCCCCUCAACAGGCUAUCGCUCCAGUCCAGCCCCCUCAACAGGCUAUCGCUCCUGUCCAGCCCCCUCAACAGGCUAUCGCUCCUGUCCAGCCCCCUCAACAGGCUAUCGCUCCUGUCCAGCCCCCUCAACAGGCUAUCGCUCCUGUCCAGCCCCCAACAGGCUAUCGCUCCUGUCCAGCCCCCUCAACAGGCUAUCGCUCCUGUCCAGCCCCUCAACAGGCUAUCGCUCCUGUCCAGCCUCCUCAACAGGCUAUCGCUCCAGUCCAGCCUCCUCAACAGCCUAUCGCUCCUGUCCAGCCCCCUGCCCUCGCUCCGGCCCCCCUCCAGUGUCCACACAUCAGACUCAACCCCCUCAGACUCAAGUCCACAUCCCCCUCCAGUCCCGCACUGCAUUACCCAUCCAGCAGAACUCUCUCGGUCUCCCCCUCUAUCACCCAGGCCACAGUGAGGCCCAUCCAGGCCCAUGCUCAACUCCAGCCCCAGGUUACGGCUCAGAUCAGGCCCCAGCAGCAGCUGCAGCUCCACCACCAACACCAGCUGAUCACAGUGCCGGGGCUGCAGCAGCAGGUUCAGGUGCUGGGCACCAUCCAGACCCACGUGGCGGCCCAGCUCCAGGCCCAGCAGGGUGGGGCGUUGCCCCAGCAGAUCAAGCUGCAGCUGCCUAUCCAGAUCCAGCAGGCAGGAGGCCAGGUGCAGGCCCACCAGAUCCAGAAUGUGGUGACCAUCCAGACAGCCAGUGUGCAGGACCACCUGCAGAGGAUCCAGCAGCUCAGAGAGCAGCAGCAGAAGAAGAAGCAGCAGGAGGCCAAAAGGGAGCAGAGCCUGCAGGCCUCCAGUCCCAGCGACAUCAUCCAGAAACAGGUGGUGAUGAAGCAGAAUGCUGUGAUAGAAAAUCUGAAACAGAGGAAGACCAUGACUCCAGCAGAGCGGGAGGAGAACCAGAGAAUAAUCGUCUGCAACCAGGUUAUGAAGUUCAUCCUGGACAAGAUCGACAAGGACGAGAAGCAGGCGGCUAAGAAGAGGAAGAAGGAGGAGUCUGUGGAGCAGAAACGCAGCAAGCAGAAUGCCACCAAGCUCUCGGCUCUGCUCUUCAAGCACAAAGAGCAGCUCAAGGCUGAGAUCCUGAAGAAGAGGGCUCUACUGGACAAGGAGCUGCAGCUGGAGGUUCAGGAGGAGCUGAGGAGGGACAUCAGCAGGCUGAGGAAGGAGAAGGAGAAGGCCCAAGCUGCAGCCUCUCAGGCAGCCGCUGCUGCAGCCGCAGCCCAGGUGGUCUUAUCCCUCUCCCCCACCAUGGCCUCGCUCUCCUCCGCCCACAAACGCAAGAGGGACGACGAGAGGGACUCGUCCUCCGCCAAGCCCAAGAAGAAGAAGAUGAUAUCCACUACCUCAAAGGAUCACAAGAAGGAAGUCAAGCUGUACUGUGUCUGUAAAACGCCCUAUGACGAGGCCAAGUUCUACAUUGGGUGCGACCUGUGCUCCAACUGGUUCCACGGUGCGUGUGUGGGCAUCACGGAGAAGGAGGCCAAGAAGAUGGACGACUACGUCUGUAAUGGCUGCAAGCAGGGCCAGGACUCACAGGACUCAGAGGGCAACACGGAGGAGCUGUACUGCAUCUGCCGGACGCCAUAUGAUGAAACACAGUUUUACAUUGGCUGCGACCGUUGCCAGAACUGGUACCACGGGCGCUGUGUGGGCAUUCUGCAGAGUGAGGCCACCCACAUAGACGAGUACGUGUGCCCGCAGUGUCAAUCCACGGAGGACGCCAUGACGGUCCUCACACCAUUAACCGACAAGGAUUACGAGGGUUUAAGAAGAAUCCUGCGCUCUUUACAGGCUCACAAAAUGGCGUGGCCGUUCCUUGAACCAGUAGAUCCCAACGAUGCUCCUGAUUAUUAUGGCGUUAUAAAGGAACCGAUGGACCUCUCCACAAUGGAAGACAGAUUACAGAAACGGUAUUACAACAAGCUCACUGAGUUUGUGGCGGACAUGACCAAAGUCUUUGACAACUGCCGCUACUACAACCCCAACGACUCCCCCUUCUUUCAGUGUGCCGAAGUUCUGGAGUCAUUCUUUGUACAGAAGCUCAAAGGUUUCAAAGCUAGCAGGUCUCAUAACAACAAACUACAGACUUCGACCUCUUAGUAUAUACCACAUAUUUGAACAACAAAAAAAUGCACUCUGCGAGAAUGGGGAUAAAUUCUGAACAAUUAAUCCAUGUUGGGACCUGGCUCCUGUGCUUUGUGACCUCCACUCCUCUCCCUCCUUCUGGCCCCACCACGCAGCCCCCAAAGGAAGACUCUCCCUGUAAGACCAGCAACGCUGCUCCCACACAACUGUCAGGUGGAGCUGCUGCCUGCCCACCUCUGCCACAUGGACAUUUGACAAGGGGUUAAAAUGGAGGGUUUGAAUAAAGGCAUUUCUGGAAAAAGGUUACCUUGAAGAAAAUACUUUCUUUGGAGAUCUCACGUUUCCUUGUUCCUUCUUCUUUAUUUCUAGCCAGUUGAAGAAAUUAAGAAAAGCUUACGCUUCCAAGGCCAUGCCCAUAACAAAACAAAAAAACAUUUGACGCCUGUUUGAAUGUUGAAAAAUGUUGAGCUGAGUUGCACUCAGUGUAUCAGAUUGCACAGUGCACUUAUGUGUGUGUCUCCCCUUUCAAUCACUUUAUUAGAGGUGGUGUGAAAGAUAUCUCAUUGGGAAGUACUUGCUUGAUUUUGGACCUUUUAGCUUUCUGGACACGUAACAGUUUGAGUUUCAGUCAAGCUAUGCUGAAAUGAAUAAAGUAUUUGGUAUUAAUUGCCCAGCAGUAAUGACACUGCUAAGGAUAAAAACACAACAUGUAUUUGAAGGUAUCCUGCCCUGUUUGUAAAACUUGUCAGAUUUUGAACUUUUGUUUUUGUAUUACAGCUGAAGAGAUUGAUGUAUAUGAAACAUAAUAAAUGGAGAAGACUGAGCUCUCUUCCACUA